UUUUCUAUACGCCAAGUUGUGCGCGCACCACCCAAAAACAGCAAAAAAAAAAGUAAUAGUAAAAAAAUAUAAAUAUAUAAAAAUACAUAAAGGAAACUACAUUAAAAAGGCAAACAAUUUACGUGCGUGCGAUGCGAUUUGUUUAAAAAGAAAUACAUUUGAAGCAUUUGAAACAAUCAACAACUGCGCGUCGACUGCCAAUAAAAAUCCAUUAACAUAUGUAAAUUAUAAACAGCUACGACCCCGGCGCCCAGGCAACUUCAAUUUAUCGUAGAUCGUUGAAAACAAAUUAAACCAAGAUGACCAAAGUGGAGUUGUAUAAAUCGCGCAUCUUUGUGACAAUAAUACAUUUGUGUGCAUUGGGUCAAUUUGCAUAUGGCUUGUACUUUAGCAACUUUGAGGUGCAACGGAGCUACAAACUCAAGACGAGUUUCAAUCGUCGCCUGGUGCCCGAAACCUUUCCACAGAAAUUGCGAUUUCUCAGCUACUGGUCGCUGUUAAUCCAGGCACUUUAUUAUAUAGUGUCGCUCAUCAAUGAUUUUGUGGGCACCAACGAGCUGGUGCCAAAGCGUCCGCCAGCUAUACGCAAAUUCAAGGAUUGGCUGCUGACAACGCUCGCUUUCCCAGUUGCUCUCAAUGUGGGCAUUACUUUUUGGACUCUGUAUGCAAUCGAUCGUGAAUUGGUCUUUCCCAAGGUGCUGGAUGCCGUAUUUCCCUCUUGGCUGAAUCAUGUGCUGCACACAAAUAUUGUUGUCUUCAUUGUGCUGGAGAUGUUUACGUCAUAUCGUGCGUACCCCAAGCGCAGUAAGGGUCUCACCGGCUUGAGCAUCUUUAUGGGCGGAUACUUGGUGUGGAUACACAUCAUUAAGCACUUUUCCAAUGUUUGGGUCUAUCCCGUACUAGAAGUUUUAUCGCUGCCAAGUCGCAUUCUAUUCUUUGCAGCUGUACUCGCUUUCACCGGGGGCCUUUAUAUCCUCGGCGAGUUCAUCAACAAUGUGGUUUGGGCCAAGGAGGUGAAGCUGUCACAGCGCAAAUCUAAGUAGGAUGAUGGAUGGUGUCUAUAUAGUCAAUAAUAAUAAUAAUAAUAGUAGUCUGUGUGUUAAUAUCGCAAACUCAAUGCAUCAAAUAUAUACACAAAGCUGAAGAAUUUGCUUAGAGUAUAUAUAUAUAUAUAUAUAUAUAUUUUACACAACUACUUUCAAUUAACAACAAUUAAAUUAUAGCAUUGCUCCUCCUAAUAGUAAUUGGCUUAAAUAGCAAAUACAAACUAAACAAAAAGAAAAGCAUUUGUAGUUCUUCAAAUUAGAUUUGUGCACUUUGCAAUUUGAAAAUUCGAGUAUAUGUUUUCUUUAUUCCGAUUAAUUAAUGUUGAAGCAUUUGUUAAUUGCAUAAUUCAUAUCAAUACAAAAAGCACUGCAAACAACAAUCUAAUUACCUGCGAUUAACAUGUAAACUCAAUUCUAUAGUAAUAAAAGAGAAUCUAAAAUUAAA